AUGGGUACCAAAUCAUCCGAACCAAAAAGCGAAUGUGACACACAAUCGCUGACAGAAAGUGUAACGGACUAUCCUAUGGAAAAUGGCAGACGGUAUCACAGGUACCAUGAAGGAGCCUAUCCAUACCCCAAUGACGAACAAGAGCUUGAUCGUCUCGACAUGCAACAUCACAUGUUUAAAUUGGUCAUGGAGGGCAAAUUAUACCAUGUCCCACUUAACAACCCUAAACAAAUUCUCGAUAUCGGUACUGGAUCUGGUAUCUGGCCUAUAGAAAUGGCAACAUUAUUUCCAAACGCCGCAAUCACAGGCACAGAUCUUUCACCAGUCCAACCAACCGAGGUUCCAGAAAAUGUUCACUUCCUUGUCGAUGAUGCAACAGAAAAGGAGUGGCUAUGGGAAGCGAAUCAUUUUGACUUUAUUCACGUUGGACACAUGACUGGAGCCAUGGAGUCUUUCAAAGGCCUGCUACGGAAGGCAUUCACACACCUUAAACCGGGAUCAUAUCUUGAAUGUCAUGAAAUGGACCCGAAACCAAAAUGUGAUGACGGUACUAUGCCGCCCGAAAACCCAGACGGGUACAGCGCAUACGCUUUGCAUGAUUGGUUUGACCUGCAUAUGCGGGCUAGCUCCGAAGUUGAACCCUCACGACAGUUCCGGAUAGCACCUCGAAUUGAACGAUGGAUGAAAGAGAUCGGGUUCGUUGAUGUUGAACAACGAGUCUUCAAAGUUCCGAUAAAUACUUGGCCAACCGACGAGAAAAUGAAGGAUAUCGGAAAAUGGAGUGAGAGCAAUUGGCUCGAAGCGCUGGCAGGUUGGUCCUAUAAGCCUUUUCUCGGACUGGGUUGGUCCAAAAUUGAGAUCGAAGUCUUCCUCGUCGACGUGAGGAAAAGCAUCCAAGACCGGAAUGUGCACGCCUAUAUGGAUUUCUUCGUGGUGACCGGCCGGAAACCGCUGGCCGAUACGAAGUCAUCAUGA